AUUGCGCUUCCGCGUGACGCCUGAUGAAGUGUGUUCGGAUGUUUGACGGUUGUGUCUGCAUGUAGCGGGACGCUAUGACCCUCAGACGGUUUUUGGCUGAAAUAAUCAGUGUUUUUUCCCCCUGAAUUUCGGGUGUUUUUCGGCCUGAUGGGAGCCGCUGACAGCAGGAGCAGGUCCGUGUCAUUCGGCCUGGAUGAAAAGGAAAAUGUCACAGUCCUUCACGGAGUAAAGUUGUCCGGUGAGGUUCUUCAGCGGAUGCGAGAGUCUGGACCUGCUUCAUCCAAACCAGCAUCAAAUAAAGCAGAAAGUGCCAAAGCAGAGACGGAGGCCUCCAGAGCAUCUGCAGCAGAAACACAAGAGGAGCUGAAGAGACGCUUUGAGCGUGAACAGGUUCUGGUUCAGGAAGAGUUGAGCAGGAUCAGCCAGAGAGAGAGAGAGAGUGCAGCGGACGAGCAAAACACAGCAGUGCUGAGAGAGAAAACACAGCGGCAGCUGAACAACACACACAACCUGCCAGAUGAGUUGAGUUUCCGGGCCCGGCAGCUGAAGAAGAAGGAGAAUGAGCUCAAACAUCUGGAGCAGUUUUAUAAAGAGCAGCUACAGCUGAUGGAGAAGAAGAACUCUGAGUAUUAUCAGCAGAAUCUACACAUGUAUGAGAAGGAGGCGGAUAAAGCAGAGGCCACGGUCAGGCCUCGUCCUAUGAGUCCUGUGUGUUCUGAGCUGCAGUCUCAGGUGUUGAGCUGCUACAGACUGAACAAACACCAGUCACUGCUGUGUUCACAGAUCGCCAGAGAAUACAUGAACUGCAUCAACUCCUCCAAGAAGAAUCUGCUGGUGAACCACGGAUGAAGACGAUGGUUUGAUGCUGAAGAGACUCCACAUCCGUCCUGUGUGUGUGUGUGUGUGUGUGUGCGCGUGCGUGUGUGUGUUUUAAGCUGAUCUUCAUUUACUGUGAGCAAAUAAAGUCUCCUCAGCUUC